UACGAAGUGAUUUUCUGAUUUUCUCCCAAUUGUCGUAUGAGGUUUGGCAUCUCCCUCCUUUCUCUGCCCAUCUCCAUCUCCAAAGAUCAAAACCACUUUUCCCGUCGCAGCAACGCAGCGUUCAAUCUCCUUCGGAUUUACCCGUAAAAGCAAAAGUCAAAACCCCGUCUGGGCACUUCAUAUUUUUAGGUGGAUUCUCUUCCCUCUCGCAUCGCCCCCUUCGAUUUUCAUAAUCGGGACGCUGUAAACGACUCGAUUAGAUCGACUUUGGCACUCAUCUGUCCCCUGCAUAUUUAUAGAUGGGUGAAAUCCAAGAAAUUGGAGUUGACGUUGGUUCGGAUAUAGAAGCUGAUGACAUUGGAUGCGAAACCAUAGCGGAGAAAGAUGUCAGUGAUGAAGAGAUUGAACCAGAGGAAUUGGAGAGGCGGAUGUUUAAGGAUCGCAUCAAACUCAAAAGGAUCAAGGAAAGGCAGAAGGUGGCCGCGCAGCAGACUUUGGAGAAGCAAAAGUCCAAGCAAACCUCCGAUCAAGCUCGCAGGAAAAAAAUGUCCAGAGCACAAGAUGGGAUCCUCAAGUAUAUGCUGAAGCUUAUGGAAGUUUGUAAAGCCCGUGGUUUUGUGUAUGGAAUUAUUCCCGAGAAGGGUAAGCCUGUGAGUGGUGCUUCAGAUAACAUUAGAGCUUGGUGGAAAGAGAAGGUAAAAUUUGAUAAAAAUGGUCCUGCAGCUAUAGCCAAGUAUGAAGCGGAGUGUCUCGCUAUGAGUGAGGCUGAUAACAAACACAAUGGGAACUCACAUAGCAUUCUCCAGGACCUGCAAGAUGCAACGCUUGGGUCACUUCUUUCUUCUCUGAUGCAACAUUGUGAUCCUCCUCAGCGGAAGUAUCCAUUGGAAAAGGGUGUUCCUCCACCUUGGUGGCCAACUGGGAAUGAAGAUUGGUGGGUACAAUUAGGCCUACCCCAUGGUCAGAGUCCUCCUUAUAAGAAGCCACAUGAUUUGAAGAAGAUGUGGAAAGUUGGAGUGUUAACUGCAGUUAUAAAGCACAUGUCACCAAACAUUGCAAAAAUAAGGAGGCAUGUCCGCCAGUCAAAGUGUUUGCAGGACAAGAUGACAGCAAAGGAAAGUGCAAUUUGGUUAGGAGUAUUAAGUCGAGAAGAAGCUCUCAUUAGGCAGUCUAGUAGUGAUAAUGGUUCAUCUGGAAUAACUAAAACACGGCCCGGUGUACCUGUUGAAACCACGCAAGGGCCUGGUAGCAGUGAUAGCAACUAUGAUGUUGACGGUGCUGAUGACGGUGCUGGUUCUGUUUCUUCUAAAGAUAAUAGGAAAAAUCAGUUGAUGGAUAUUGAUUCAUUAGAUAAACGCAGAACAAGUGCUGAUUGUGUCCAAGAUAAAGAGCGACCUGAGAAGCAACGCUGGAAGAAAAAACCCCGCUUGAUAUCAAGUGCCUCUGACAAAAUACCUGCACCAUCUGAAAAUGAACCCUUGCAUGUUGAGCCUAUAAGCACUCUGCUAAAUAAGACCCAGAAGGAAGUACCAGUAACUGGAUUCCAAAUUCAGGGAAGCGAACAGGUCAAUGACACAGAUUCUGCUCUGACACCCUUGGAGAAAGGUCUUGAGGUGACAACUCAAAUACCAGGUCAUGAAUUUGGUCACUACCCUUACCUGAAUUCGAACGAUAUAAUUACCUCAGAAAGCAUGCAUGUGAAUGGAAGAACAUUGCACUAUGAUGCAAUGCAAAAUCCUGAUACACAUCAUCAAGAUACUUGUAAUGCUUCUGAUUCAGCAGCAGGAUUCAGGCCCAAUUACGAAGGCCAGCUACUGCAAUCUGGAAACAGUGAACUGUUUAGGCAAGGGAAUGAUGCAGCCCCCAUGCCAGCUGUACAUAUGAAAGGGGGUGAUAUUACUGGAGCAGACUUGCAGUACUAUGUAAAAGAUACAUUUCAAAAUGAGCUAGAAAGACCUAUGGAAAACCCUUUCCUUGGAUCGCCAAUCCAUGGCCUGUCAUUAGAUUUUGGAGGACUCAGCACUCCGCCAUUUGACCUUGAUGACAUCCUGGGUGAUGAUGAAAUGAUGGAAUACUUUGGGGCAUAGAUUUUAGAACUGGGGACUUGGGGCAGAGAUUGUAAGUGCUGUUCUCUUAAAUUUUCCCAAAUCAACCCUCAGUAGAAUGGCUUGUUCUAGUUCUGUUUCUUGACUCCCAUCCUUCACCAGGAACUUUAAAUUCUGGCGGUAAAUUGUUCUGCUGGGUGAAAGUUCCCAGAUCAGUAUCAGUGUGCUGUUCGAUUUGAGAAGUGAUAAUCUUAAUGUUAGAUGUCAUCAAUUUAGAGAGCAGCAGGAGGAAGAAUGAAACCAUGAAUUUGUGAUAUAGGUGUACCGUUUCAUUGUCAUUGAUUAUUGCCAGAGUUUCAUGUUAAUUAGUCAUUUUGUUGUACUGGCUAAAUUAAACAUUGAUAGAAGUAACUCCAAGUUUAAUAAAAAUCCAUGGCCUUAUUCCUCUUU